UCCGUGACCGUUCCUCAGCCAUGGCGGACGAGGAGCUGGCGGCGCUUCGGCAGCAGCGGCUGGCCGAGCUGCAGGCCAAGCACGGGGAUACUUCUGCUGAUGCGUCGCAACAGGAGGCAAAGCAGAGGGAAGCGGAAAUAAGAAAUACAAUUUUAGCUCAAGUUCUUGAUCAAGCAGCUCGUGCCAGAUUAAGCAAUUUGGCACUUGUGAAACCAGACAAAGCAAAAGCAGUAGAGAAUUAUCUUAUACAGAUGGCAAGAUUUGGACAGCUACCUGGAAAGGUAUCAGAACAAGGUUUGAUAGAAAUACUUGAAAAAGUGAGUCAGCAAACAGAAAAGAAAACAACAGUAAAGGUAUCAUUGUUCCAGAGCACAGACUCCAUGGGGAGUCAAGAAAACUACCUCAAAAGUGGCUUACACAGCAGUAUUUGUUUUUACUCCUCUCACAAACUGCAUGGGUGCUUAAUGUUCACAGUGGUAGAUCUUUCAUCCUGCCUGUCCUCAGUGUUCUUUAAAAGUUCCAUGGCACUUUGUUUAAUGCCUCCUCUUGCAAAGCUGAACUGGCUGUCAGAGGAGAAAUCUACAACACUAAUGACCCUUCUGAUGCUUUCGUUCCUAUGGAGACAGAACUCAGGCUGUCAGAACAAGAUAAGAAUUUUCAAAUGACCCUUUUUUGAAUAGAUACUCAAGCUGUAGAUGAUAUGCUGAUAUGCAUGCAUGCCAUCCAGUUGAACAGUUCUCUUUCUAACAAAAAAUUUUACAUAAACUUGAAUAAUGUGGAAAUAAGGCCAUAAAAAAUAAGGUGACUCUGUCAUCUGAAUGCAUAAGUUAGAUUUCUAAAUGCUUCUCACUGACGAGAUCUCUUGAUCAUUGCUAGAUAUUUAUUUUCUAGCAGAUUAUAACAAUAUAUUUAAUUUUCCUUAAGUAUUUUAUGAUAGUUUAGAUUUUGACAAAAUCUGUGAAGAGUUAAUUGUAAUACAGUCUUGUUCACUAUUUGCUAAGGCCAUAGAAAAUAUCACUGCCGGGUAUAUUGCUGCUUCUUGAAAGGCCUUAAGGGCUGACUUGGAAAUAAUUGCUAAGAUUAAGCUAUGCCAUAAACUAGAACAAUGACAUUUACAUUUCUUCCCCAUGAUCCUUUCCUCUAUCUCCAGAUAAAUAAAUUCCUUCUUAUCAUCAAACUGGGACAAAAUACAUGAGAGAAUCAGUAUUAACACUGUAUAUAUUUUGCACUGCGCUUUAUCGCUUUAUUACGACUGCGUGAUUAGGAUGUGAAACUCCCAAAAUACAUAUCACCGAAAUGAUUGUUUCAGAAUAUGCCUCCUGAAGAGAAAUCCUGCAUUCUCACAUAGGUUCAUGCUUUUGUCCCGUGAAGUACAAAACAAAUCAGAAACAUCCAGCCUUAUGUAUGUUUUGAAAAUAUAAAACUUGUAAAAGUUUUCUAAGCAACGCCUUCAAGUUUUCAAUGGAAUGUCAUUGGAAACAUCUUAUUUUUCAAACUUCUGGUCAUAAAUGGCCACAGCAACUCAAAAGAACAUCAAAACAACAAGUAUCCCAAGCUACAGGACACCAGCCCUGAAUCUGAUACUAUUAUAAACAUCAACUCAUCUACUGAAGAGAGAUCUAGACUAUAGAAAAGUUGUACGCUGCUAAGGUAACUCCUAUUCUGUAGUGACUGCUGUCACAAAAGGUUUCGUUAAGCAUAAACUAUAAAUAAAAGUGUAUCACAACAACCAAAUAAGGGCCCACUUUUCACUUACACUGCUUUACACUGCAAAACAAAGAGCAGACAACAUUCAAACCAUUAGAUAAUGCAGAAAUGCAGGCAUGUAGCCAUACCUGGUUAGGCAUGCAUUUUUAAAUAGCAGUAUUUCAUAAGGGACAAAAUUAUUUAAAGUGGCCAAAAUAGAAAAUAAAAGAGGAUUCUAAAAUAUACAGAAAUACAAGAUGCUAUUCAUGUAAUGCCCCCAGAAGAUUACCAAAGUCAGUAUGUGCAAAAAUCACACUAUGAACCUAGGGAGCAGCAAGAGCAAGAAAAACCAUAAAAAUUAAACACAAAUAGCAACCUUGUAUAUCAGGAAUAUUGGGAUAAAUAAAGACGAUUCCACUAAUACUAAGCAAGCAGCAAAAUUCCCUUCCAACUCCUUGGAUUUUACUUGUUAUCUGUUCUACCUCUUCCAGCACACUGGAGUGUAAAGCUCUGUUAUGUACGCCAUAGCCUGAGUACAGGGGGUUAAUGGGAUAACAGUGGUUUCCUGUGCACACGGAUUCAUUUUUCAAGGUCAAUUUCAGCUCUUGGAAAUCAUGAAAAUUUCUUGUUCUUUUCAAAAACUGCUACCAACAGAAUUCUGAUGAAGAUGACCCAGUAAUAGCUCUAUCAGGUGUGACAACUUUUUUUCCAAAAUCAUAAUAGUGCCCCAAUAAAUAUCAUUAAUGUAAUAUAAACCUGCAAUUAAAAGGAGUAUAUUUAAUUAAACCAACAGCUCCCAUUUAGGUGACACUAUGUUAUACUAACCAAAUUCAUUUCUUCACUGAACGGUCAUGAAAAUGUCAAAAUAAUAGCCCUCAAAGCACUGUAGGUAAAAUGAUUUGAGAACAUCAAGUGAAAAUUCUUGGUAGAAAACAAGCUCUACAUGAUUGUUUCUGAAGGAAGAUACUAAGUGAAGCAUUCUUACCUUAUUAUUUACAAAUAACUUCCUCAAUUUGAAUGAGGUAAAUUGGAAUUCAGUAACAUUCAACAGCCAUUUUAGGACUCACCAUUUCCAGAUCUCCAUCAGCAACUGCUCUUAGGAGUUUUUCCACCUAUGUAUGAAGAAAAUUCAUUUGCUUUGUUAGUAUUCAGCUGCGCAUGGAAAAUCCUGUCUCUCUUACCAACCCCUAAGCUAAUGUAGAUGGGUUAGUGCUGGCCAUUUUAUAUUUGCUAAUGAAGUUUUAAACAAAAAAACACCUUCCUUUAAAUACAAAUAAAUACAAAAGCUGUGAAUUCACAAUCAUUUGGAGAUCAAUUAAAGAUAAAUAGUAGUUACCUAAAUAGAACACAAGUUGUCCACAUAUAGGGAAAGCCAUAUAAGCUGCUACACAUUACUGCACUGCUUCAGCAGCAGUUGACAAUACAUUACUGUUGUGAAUUUAAAACUAAAGAAAACCUUAUGCAAGUGAAACUCCUGCCCUGAUGACAACUACUGCUGUCUGGGCUCUUGUCAACUUCAGCAAAUUAUUCCAGCACUGUGCCAACAUCACCAAAGACACUGCUGUACGAACAAAGUUGUUUCAGUUGAGUUCAAUCUCAAGU